CCGAGUCCUGAAAAGUGAAGGGACUUGUGCUCUUCAAGCCCACUACAGCCCAACUCCGAACCGAGCAGAAACAGAGCAGAGUACGGGACUCCUGCGAACUGGCGUCGCUUGAACUCUAUAUAGUGGUCGUAACUUUUUUUUCCCCCCUCCCGAGGACUUCUUUGCCCCACUGUGCGCAAAGUAUAACGAGUCGCAACAGAUCUGGUUCUGCGACGGUAUGGCGAUGAGACUUACAUGGACGAAGUUGGAAAACUUUUGCUGACUUUAAAGUGGAGUUUUGUCGCCACUCUUAUUAAAGGCAUUGUGGAUUAUUGAAACGCAGCAGAACUAACUGCGGAGUGACCUUUGGCGUCUGUUUAUUGGGGGACCUUCAACGUGGUAGAGUUGUGCCGAGGCCUUAACCGUGAAGCCUUUCGCCGCCGAGAUGGGGAGCAAAGCCCUGCCCGCUCCGAUCCCUCUCCACCCGUCUCUCCAGCUCACCAACUACUCCUUCCUGCAGGCGGUCAACGCCUUCCCGGCCGCGGUCGACCAGCUCCAGGGACUGUACGGCCUUAGCGCGGUGCAGACCAUGCACAUGAACCACUGGACACUAGGCUAUCCGCACAUGCAGGGACUGAGGUCGACUAUCACAGAGAUGGCUGCCGCUCAGGGCUUAAUGGAUCCCCGGUUUACCUUCACGGGGCUACCGUUCGCCGCACACCUCUUCCACCCCAAACAGGGCAUUACUCACUUUAUCCCCGGGCUGCACAAGGACCGACCACCGCGCUUUGACUUUGCCAACCUGGCGAUAGCUGCCACCCAGGAGGACCCGCCGAAGGCUGGGGAUCUUUCAAAGUUGACAGCGGGGCUCGGAAGCGCGAUAUCUGAGUUCAACAAACUGUCGCCUGAUAGAAAACCCACCCGGGGAAGACUUCCGUCAAAAACGAAAAAGGAAUUUAUUUGCAAGUUCUGUGGCCGUCAUUUCACCAAGUCAUACAAUCUUCUGAUCCACGAGAGGACUCACACAGACGAGCGGCCUUAUACCUGUGACAUCUGCCACAAGGCCUUCCGAAGACAAGACCACCUGAGAGACCACAGAUACAUCCACUCCAAGGAAAAGCCCUUCAAAUGUCAAGAAUGUGGGAAAGGAUUUUGUCAGUCUCGAACUUUAGCCGUUCAUAAAACAUUACAUAUGCAGGAAUCUCCACACAAAUGCCCCACAUGCGGAAGAACCUUUAAUCAAAGAAGUAACCUGAAAACUCACCUUCUCACCCAUACAGACAUCAAGCCCUACAGCUGCGACCGCUGCGGAAAGGUGUUUCGGCGCAACUGUGACUUGCGACGGCACAGUUUGACGCACACUCCUCAUCGGGACUACUAGCCAAUCUGAGAAGGCUGAUGAACAGCCAAAAACAAACAAACAGACAAAACAAAACGGACGUUGUUAACAGAGGAGACGACAACAUCGACGAACGUUUUCAUUUUCUUCCAUUGAAAGAAUAUAACAAACUGAACCGUGGACAAGCAAUGUUACAAACGGAGUGAUGAGCAGUACAACGCGUCAAGUGAAAGCCAAGGAGCCCAGACAGAGACAGACCGCUCCUCCUGCCUCUUCUACCUGUAGAGACAGACCGCUCCUCCUGCCUCUUCUACCUGUAGAGACAGACUGCUCCUCCUGCCUCUUCUACCUGUAGAGACAGACCGCUCCUCCUGUCUCUUCUACCUGUAGAGACAGA